AUGCAGCCUGCCACAUUACAUCCGAGCUUGGACCUAGCUGUCUCCAUUGGCUCGGGUAUCUACCUCCACGAACCCCCCGCGCAGCCAAGAGGAUCACAUCCCGCCCUCAUUAUCCUCAGCACAUGGCUCGGAGGAGCGACGCCGCGACGAAUCAGCAAGUACGUUGCAGGCUAUCGCGAGCUCUACUCAAAAUCUGCCAUACUUGUCCUGACAACCAAAAUCGCCGACAUCACCGUCCGACCUGUGUCUGCUCUGCAUGCUCGCUUGCAGCCGGCAAGAGAUACCAUUCGGCGCAUAGUGUCAGCGCUCCCUGACAAUGGCGCUCCAUCUAUCCUGUUCCACAUCUUCUCCCAUGGCGGAUGUAAUACCGCCUUGCAAUUGAUACACUCUUUCCAGAGCGAACCAGUUCUCGACGAUACCCUUGACUUUGCCAGUCAUCUUUACGGCAUCAUAUUUGACUGCUGCCCAGGGGACGGCUCCUUUGACCGUGCGUACAACGCGGCAGCAGCAUCGCUCCCAGAUGCAUUGUUGAUGCAAGCGAUUGGCAAGAUGCUUCUUGUUCCUUUUAUCGGCACCUUUACCCUCCUACAGCACGUCGGCGCCAUCAACUCUGUUGCAGAUAUGCGGCGAGAGCUCAACGAUCCAGGCGUAUUCGGAACUACUGCUAGACGACUAUACUUGUAUUCUUCAGAGGAUCAAAUGGUACAGUGGCAAGAUGUUGAGACUCAUCUGGAGGCAGCGAGGUCCGUCUCGGAAUACCCAGUAACAGGGGUCCGAUUCACUGAGAGCGCACACUGUGCGAUAAUCCGCAAUCACUCGGAGAAGUACUGGAAAGCAGUUGAUGAUUUUUGGCAAACGAAAAGUUGCAAGCCUCAGAGCAGACUGUAG